GUCAAGGCUACACAUAUGGAGAAGCUCGUGCGACGUGGCAUCCGUAGACACCACGAUCUUCUCCCUGCCGUUUCUUCUUCUCCCUUCCGUGUCCGGGAAGAGUCUUUGCCUCGCUUCUCGUCCUCACCUCACCACCUCCCACGAGCUUGCUUGGUUCCCGAGAAAAUCUCUGCGACAACAGCCAUGGAGAAACACCACCAGUCUCCUUCAGGUGAAGCUGAAGCGGUGGAUCACGCGAGGGAGUGUCAGGGGAAGGAGGCUUGUGAAUUCCACGCGAAUAAGCGUUUUUCUGAUCGCAUAAUGCCUCAUAUUCUCAAUCUGUAUGGGUCUUGUGCCACUGCUAGAGACUUUGAAAUCUAUGCUCGGAAUGCUUCGUUUGAAGACCCGUUGAUUCAUGCCCAGGGGGUGAAGCAAAUCAAAUCAGCUUUUUAUUCAAUCCCAAAGGUGUUUAAAGAAUCAAGAAUGGUCGAAUACUCUAUACAGGAAAAUGAAAUUGCUCCUGGAAAGAAAGAGAUUCUAAUUGACAACAAACAACAAUACAAGUUCCUGGGGAAGAACAUAGAUAUGAUCUCUCUCAUCAAACUGUACGUCGAGGAUGGAAAGAUUGUUCGCCACGAAGACUGGUGGGACAAGAAGCCUCUACGGAACAAGGACACGGUUAGCAUCCCAUUCGUUGGACGAAUGUUAGAAGUCGUCCGAAGAGGAUCCAUGUUGGCGACUCAUGCUAUGAUGGGUUUUGGUAAAGAUCCAGACUCGCAUCAGUCUUGAAGGUACAUAUAGAUUAAAAAAAAAAACCGCACAAUGUAAAACACUUCUGGCUCUAUUUGCUUUGUGGGGUGAAUGAAUCUCUUCUAUGCUCUCUAUCCAAUGUGGGGAUGAUGUGGUUGUAAAUUCGGAUUCAGUUUCACAAAUUUCGGAACCUAAAUGUCAUCAUAGUAAGAAACAUUCUCUGUAAUAAAAGGUCCCACUAUAGAUGUGUGAAACUA